AUGAAACUUCCAUACUAUCCCUCGCGCCAGAAGCAACAGCAGCUGAAGCAAAAUGCACUGUGCAAAGCGGUUGAAAGUAAUCGCACCAAUGCCAACUAUCAGAAAGAUUUCGAUCAAAUACAGCGCAACUGCUUGGAGAACUGGCGAAAGCAGACCGCAGAACAGACCAAACGUGAGCACGAAAUUGAACAGCGACAAAUCGCACAAAGGCGGGAAGCGGAACGGCGACAGUGGCUGCUCGACGAGCAGGAAAAGACCCACCAGCUACAGGAAGCUAACCGGCAAAAGAUCAACGAAGAAAAGCUCCGUCAACAGCUUCGCGAAUCAAAUCAAGAAAUGCGUCUGCUCGAGUCAAAACUGCGUGCAGCGUACGUGGCUAAAGGCAUUGCGGAGCAAAUUGCUGAAGCAGAGCUGAGAAAGAAAGCGGACCGAUUGCAGGCGCUCAAGGAGAUGGAAGAGUUCGAUAAAUUGAAGAAAGAAAAUAUCGUCUACAUGAAGCAAAAGCAAAUGAACGAAGAGAACGAGAAGCGCAUGCUUCGCUCCGUACUGCAGCAGCAGAUAGAUGAAAGCCGUUCGGUGAAAAAAUGUUUGUACGAAGAAUUUCUCGUGGAAAAAAGCUAUCUCGAUGCGGUGGUGAAAAAAAUACAAGAAGAGUACCUGGAAGCGAUACAGCGGAAGUUGAAGCAGCAGCAGUGUACCCGGCAGGAGAUGGAAUAUUUCCAGGAAGCGAAGCAAACGUGGAAGGAACGACAAGCGUUUUUGGACGAGGAAGAAAAUGAACGGAUUAGAAAGUAUGCCCAGGAGAAGGAUCGUUUAAAGCAGCUGAAGCAACAGCAGAAGCAGGAAAGCGAGCAAAAGCGAGACCAGCUUAACAGGGCCAUGAUCGCUGAGCUGGAAAAGGAAAUUACGGACCAAAGAAAUCGCGAAGAGAUGCUGCAGGAACUAUACAUCGCGGAACGGAAUGAAAAGGAAGAGACCAAGCGUCAGCUCGAGCUGGAAGAGCAAAUACGUAAACGGGUAGCGAUCCGGCUCGAUCUCGAAAGGCAACUGGUAGAAAAUAGUUGCCAACGGGAGUUGCUAGCCGAGGAGGAGAAACGGUUCCGGGAGGAUCAAAUCAAGCUGUGGGCGGAACGGGAUCGUAUCGAUAUGAUGUCGAAUGAAAAACGGCACCGGAAGAUGAUGGAGUACAGACGGCACGUCCAGGAGCUGCUAGAAGAUAGAAGGAAGCGGCGCAUGGAGGAGGUGAAAACAUUGCUGGAGCAGGAAGAGCGCCAGAAGCAGGAAGACCGUCGAAGGCAAGAGAUUCUUGAGGAGGAAAGGAUUAAGCUGUUGAAGGAGCAUGCGACAGCCUUGUUGGGCUUUUUCCCGCCCGGUGUGUUGCGCGAAACAGAUCGAGAAUUUAUACCGCUGCCGAAGCUGAAUAAAACUACCAAGUAG